AUGUGGCAACACAUAUACAUCUAUUCUAUAGAAGACACGUAUAGAAGACACGUCUCCUGCCAUCCAUCUCUCUCCACAUCCCUAAAUACAACCUUUCGAAAUCCUUUCCCCCCCUCCUCCCCCCUACUCGGACUCCCUUUUUCCUGCCCACUGCUCCUCCACCCAAAAAAUCGUGCGUCUCGUCUUGUUCCCAACACAGCACCAACAAAUGUUUCUUCAGCGGCGCCGCUCAACACAGCAGGGGCUCAUGUCCGUGGAGCUCGAGCCGUCUCUUCUUCAGUGCGUUGUACAACCUCGUCUCGUUAUCUAGGCGGGAAGCGUCAAAGUUUCCGUUGGCAUUCGUUUCCGGGCUCUUGUUACUGACAGCCAAGUACGGCACGAGCCUCAUGUGCAGCUGCCCCGCCGGCUCGUCGUAAAGAUCGAUAAUCUCAUGAUAGCGAUAAACAAUGUUCUUGAUUCGCUCCU